UCUUUUGCUUUUCCUCUUUUAGCUGCUGCAAGUCUGUAGCAGCGAAGAAUCUUCUCUAAUCUACUACUGUAAGAACUUAAGUUAAGCUUAAAGACACAGAGUAAACUGAAGUAAAUGACAGAUUGAUGAUAUAAAGUAACCAUGGUUAAAGGGAUGUAGAGUCCGGAAAACCCGGAAGACUAACUAUAGUUAAGUUUUAUAGUUAGGGUGGGGGGUGCUAUAUAAGCAGAGAAGGAUGGCACAGCAGCCAUUACCAGACUUCAAAAAGGCUUAUAUAUUUCAUUUCUGUCAAAACCCAAUUUUCCUUUUUCUAUGUUUCAUUGAUCCCAUGAAAAAAAAUCUUGUUUAAUUCUUGUUCUUGAUACCUCCUACAGAGCAGAGUUGACCAUUUUUGUGUUGCCAGGUUUUGCACUCAUCAGUCAUCUCUUGUCAUAUGAAGGUUUUCCCUCUCUGCUUCUAAGGUUAUAUAUAUCAGCACAUCUCUUUUUCAUUCUGAAUCCCACAUAAAACUCCAACCUCGAUACAAAAAAUGGGUCUGUCUAGUCUCCCAGCGCCAUCUGAAGGAGUUCUAUGUGUACUCCUGGUAAACACAGCCUUAUCCAUAUCUAUAAUUAAAGGCAUAAUCCGAUCAAUCCUUCACAUUGUUGGUAUCCAUCUUUCCUCAUCAUCUUCCUCAGACUCUGUUGAAAACCCCCCAGAAUCACUUGACUUCCGUCUUAGUACUUCUGAUACUUACAUUGAGGAGUUCCGGAGUAGGACCCCAGCAGUUCGGUUUGAUGCUGUAUGUAGCUGCUGCAACCGGCCUGAGCAUGACUGCUCCGUUUGCCUGACUCAAUUUGAACCUGAAUCAGAGAUUAACUGCUUGUCCUGUGGCCAUCUCUUUCACAAGGUGUGCCUGGAAAAGUGGUUGAAUUAUUGGAACGUUACAUGCCCUCUUUGCAGGACUCCUCUGCUGCCUGAAGAGGAGGCUUCUUGCUUUUGGUGAGACUAUCACAAGCACGCAGAGUUGAGAAAAGUUCCAUGUACAGCAUGUUUAUUGUACAGUUAUUUACGUGAAUGUUAUCAGCCUGGGUUUAGUGUUAGGUGAGUGUUGUUGCCCGCAAGUUUACCUUGAUGUGGUGACGUAUGAGAGUUUCUGACCUUUUAAUGUACAUAUUGUGAGAGUUUCUGGUGUUAUAUAUGCAUCUCACUUCUGCCUGGAGCUUCUUCGUGGAGACUAUGUCUUCUUGCUUGCUUCACUCUUUAGUGCAAAUGGAAUUAGAUUGAAAAGAAAACUAGAUUAGUGAAACUAAAAUCUGCUGGCAGGUUAGAUUUCAAGCUGAAACUAAGAGUACAGCAGCUCAUACAGUUGUUGGCCAAAGCUUCACCAUUUCAGCAGAUUCCAAGGGAAUGAGAUAACAAAAAAAGGGGUAACCCUGAAGCACAAGGCUCCCCACUUUGCGAGAAUCGGGGUGAAGGUUCAUAAUACAUAGCCUUUUUUCUGUAUUUUUGCAGAGACUGUUUUCAAAAUUCGUAUCCGUGAUCUUCGGGUCACAAAAAUGCAAUCCUACCAUUGCUCCGAAGCUCGCAUUUCAAUGGUAUGAGACGAAGAGACUAAAAAAGCUAAUGUCCUAAUAACAUCUCAGUUGUUUGGAAUGAGUCAAAAUUUGAAUUGCAUCAUCUUCAAACGGAAAGCAAGAGCCCCUAAGUUUACAAGUCUAACGUGAAGAAUGUUCUCCAAUAUCAUUCACAGCAAUAACAGCCAUACACGUCUCUGCUUGUACUACAAAA